CUCAGCCCAAACAACGGUGUCCUCCGAUGACCUCACAUCCUGUUUUCCCACUUCCUUCUGAAUGGACCGGUUUGGGACGGUCCGCUCACAGCGCAGCGUGGACCCGUGUGCGUGUUGUAUCGGCGCGCUUCUCCAGACACAUGUUGGAUCGUCAGGGCUAACGGGCUGCAGAGGGCAUCCGAGCCAACUUUGAGCACAACGGUUCGACAAUGCUGCGUCUGACUCGCUGAUACAGACGAGAAGAGGCAUCGACUCAUAGGUGAUGGGUCUUACUGAGAGGUCUGGUGAGACAGACUGCGAGUCAAACAUUACUUUCUUGCACUUACGACAGAAUGAAGACGAGAGAGGUGAAGAUUAUAAACAAGGGCCUGGAGGAUGAGAUGGAGGUGUGGGGGUACCGGCCCUGUCUGUGGAAGAUGAUCCUGGUGGGCGUAGGUGCUGUUUGCUCCGGUGGUCUCCUGCUGCUGCUGCUCUAUUGGCUGCCUGAGUGGGGCGUCAAGGGCACUUGCACACACACCUCGCUGAGGGACGCACACACACUGCUGCUCAGGACAACAAAUGAGUUCAGUCAGUGGUUUCGAGCCAAAGUACACUUGAUGUUGGCUCCGGGGAAGGAGCCCUUUGACAGUCUGGAUCUGCAGUCCACGGCUCAGCUGCCAAAUGGAGACGGAGACCACAGUGUCAGUGCUGUACACGAGGAGCAUCAUGGGGAAUUUGCUCAAAGGCAACCUGCGCAGAUUCACUACUUCACCCACCACAGCACUAAAUACUAUUGGAAUGAUGAGAGACAGAUCUUUGAGUCGUAUACAGGCUUGGAGGAUGUGAAGGUGAGCUGUGCAGGCAUCCAUUCUGACCACAGCUCUGGGCUUUCUAAAACACGGCAGGACUACAGAAGGUUGUUUUUCGGGGAGAAUGAGAUCUCUGUAAGAGUGCCCUCUCUAUUCAAGCUCCUCAUAAAGGAGGUCUUGAAUCCUUUUUACAUCUUCCAGCUCUUCAGUGUUGCUCUGUGGAGCGCAGAGGACUACUACUAUUAUGCUACAGCUAUAGUUCUCAUGUCUGUCAUUUCAAUAGCUACCUCACUGUAUACCAUUAAAAAGCAAUAUGUGAUGCUACAUGACAUGGUGGCAGCACACAGUGUGGUCCGAGUUUCAGUGUGCAAAGGAAAUAAAGAUAUCGAAGAGGCCAUGUCGACAGAGCUUGUGCCCGGUGAUGUCGUCAUCAUUCCGGCGAAUGGGAUGAUCAUGCCCUGCGAUGCCGUGCUCAUCCAUGGAACCUGUAUUGUAAAUGAGAGCAUGCUGACAGGAGAGAGCGUGCCAGUUACCAAGACCAGUCUGCCCAGUUUAGGUGAGGAGGCAGCCAAGAGCUACAAUAUAGAGGAGCACAAGAGACACACCCUGUACUGUGGCACCCAGGUUCUCCAGACCCGCUUCUACACUGGUGAACUGGUGAAGGCUGUUGUUGUCAGAACAGGCUUCAGUACAGAGAAAGGCCAACUCGUGCGCUCCAUCCUCUACCCUAAACCCACGGACUUCAAGCUGUACCGUGAUGCCUACCUGUUCCUGCUGUGUCUGGUGGGGGUGGCAGGGAUCGGCUUCAUCUACACCAUCGUCCUCAGUGUAAUGAACAAGGUCCCAGCUAAAACCAUCAUCAUUGAGUCUCUGGACAUCAUCACCAUCACUGUGCCCCCGGCCUUACCAGCAGCCAUGACAGCUGGAAUUGUUUACGCACAGCGGCGUCUGAAGCGGGUCGGCAUCUUUUGCAUCAGUCCCCAGAGGAUCAACAUGUGUGGUCAACUUAACCUGGUUUGCUUUGACAAGACUGGUACUUUGACUGAGGAUGGUAUGGAUCUGUGGGGUAUUCAGACAGCUGAAGAUGGCAGCUUUUCGCCACCAGAGUCUGAAGCAGCUAGAGAGAGUCUGGUGAACUCUGCGUUUGUGGCCUGCAUGGCAACCUGCCACUCACUGACCAAGAUAGAGGGCGAACUCUCCGGAGACCCUUUAGACCUCAAGAUGUUCGGCGCUACAGGCUGGAUCCUCGAGGAGCCCACAGAGGAGGAGACUGCACUCCACAAUCCCAUAAUGCCCACAGUUGUGCGACCUCCAAAGCAUGAAGUCCCUGAAGCCAAUCAGAACAAUCCAUUAACUCAGAACAUGGAGCUGUCUGAAUCAUCGUCCUGUGAGAUUGGUAUCGUGCGUCAGUUCCCCUUCUCCUCUGGGCUGCAGAGGAUGAGUGUGGUGGUCAGGAGGUUGGGGGAAAAACACAUGGACGCCUACUUGAAAGGAGCGCCAGAGAUUGUGGCCAGCCUCUGCAAACGGCACACAGUCCCACAGAGUUUCACAGAGACUCUGGAAACCUACACCAGACAGGGCUUCAGGGUUAUUGCCCUGGCACAUCGACAGCUGGAGUCCAAACUCUCCUGGCACAAAGUCCAAAGCCUCAGCAGGGACCUGGUAGAGACCAACAUGGAGUUCCUCGGUUUGAUCAUCAUGCAGAACAAAAUAAAGCAGGAGACUGCCGGCGUUUUACGUGAAUUACGACAAGCUAAUAUCCGCACUUUGAUGGUUACAGGUGACAACAUGCUGACGGCCAUAUCGGUGGCUCGAGACUGUGGGAUGGUCCGUGCACAUGAGAAGGUCAUUAUAGCAGAUGCCGUGCCUCCGAAAGAUUUCCAGUCCGCCAGUAUCACAUGGCACUACGCUGAAAACCCCAAUCAGGCCAUCAAGGACAAUCAGACCGUGGAGAUAAACGUGGAGGAAGGGAUGUGUGACAAGCGACAGACUCUGCAGGAGCAAAGCUAUCACUUUGCUGUUAGUGGCAGAGCCUUCGCUGUUAUCACCGAGCACUUCCCUCAUCUUGUCCAAAAGCUCGUGCUGAGAGCCACCGUGUUUGCCCGCAUGGCUCCAGACCAGAAGACCCAGCUGGUGGAAGUCCUGCAGAGCAUCGACUACACUGUUGGGAUGUGUGGUGAUGGUGCUAAUGACUGUGGAGCUCUGAAGAGGGCUCACAGUGGGAUUUCUCUGUCCGAGCUGGAGGCUUCUGUCGCUUCACCCUUCACCUCCUCCACCUCAAACAUCUCCUGUGUCCCCAACCUCAUCAGGGAGGGUCGAGCUGCCCUCAUAACGUCAUUCUGCGUAUUCAAGUUCAUGGCUCUCUACAGCAUCAUCCAGUACCUCAGCGUCACCCUGCUCUACUCAAUCCUCAGCAACUUGGGGGACUUCCAGUUCCUCUUCAUUGACCUUGCCAUCAUUCUCAUCAUCGCCUUUACAAUGAGUCUGAACCCGGCGUGGAAGGAGCUGGUGUGGCGUCGCCCCCCGUCCAGUCUGAUCUCCGGCCCGCUGCUCUGCUCUGUGCUGACCCAGAUCCUCACCUGCCUGGUCUUCCAAGUCCUGGCUUUCGUCUUAGUGCGACAGCAGAGCUGGUAUGAGAUAUGGACACCUCAGUCAGACGCCUGUAAUAUUUCCCGCUCCAGUCAUUCUUACAGCCUGAACGUUACAACUCCUCACGACCACAGAAACAUCAGGAACUACGAGAACACCACCCUCUUCUACGUCUCCUCCUUCCAGUACUUGGCUGUGGCCAUUGUCUUCUCCAAGGGAAAGCCAUUCAGACAGCCGAGCUACAAGAACUGGCCAUUCAUGCUGUCCUGCAUCGGUCUGUAUACUUUUCUUCUCCUCAUCAUGCUGCAUCCUGUUCCUGCCAUCGACAGCUUCCUAGAUAUCGUGUGUGUUCCCCACGACUGGCGCAUUACACUGGUCGUCAUUGUCGUAGUGAAUGCGGCUGUGUCUUUCAUGCUGGAGAUUUUGAUCCUUGACAUCAUCUUGUGGAGACUAGUUUUCAGAAGCAAUCAGGGGGUAAAUCGCCCCAAAGAGACCCCCUCUGCUGCCACACCUCAGGAGGCCAAUGACCGCUGGGGCUCGUCGCUCCUCUCCUGGUUGUUCUGUCAGAGAAACAAGCCUCCAAGGGUGCGCUACAUGCACCUGGCCCUGGAGCUGCAGGAUGACUCCGACUGGCCCCCCAGACCCUCCACUGUCAUCUACGCCAGCGAUCCACAACCCCACAUCUCAGCCCCCCUCUGACACCAAUGUGGCCAACAGGCAAACUACUGCACAGACUAAACCUAAAGCCCCAAACAAGCCUGUAUGUUGAGUAACCAUGAGUCGAGCUCAGAGAUAUGAUGGAUGGUCAGGUGAUUUUAUUUAGGUUGUGGACCCUGGUGGAUGCCAGCAAACAAGCCUUCAUAAAGAAGAGGCCUCCUACUGUAACAACUGACUGACACUGUGGGCUGCUCAAACAUAAUGUUGUCUUCAAACAUGUCAUCAAAAUGGACAAACUCCCCGCACUUGGAUUUCAGCUGUACUGUCGUGUCACACUGCAGAAACUUGAGCCAGAAGCCUCUCUUAAAGGAAUAGUUCAGUGUUUGUUUUCUUGCCGAGAGUUAGGUGAGAAGAUCGAUGCCACUGUCGAGUCUGUACGGUAAAUCGGAACGUAGUGACUGCAGGCGGUUAGCUUAGCUUAGCACAAAGACUGUAAACAUUGGCAAACAGCUAGCCUGGCUCUUUCCAAAGCUAAAAAAUCUUUUUAAGCUCACUAAUUAAACGUUUUACCUCAUUGGUUUAAUCUGUACUUAAACCGAAGUUUAAAAAUGACACGUUGUUGUUUUAUAGGUGGUUAAGUCUCUGCUGGUUGCCCGGCAACCUCCCGGGGAUGACCACAAUCCAGGCUAGCUGCUUCCCUCGUUUCCAGUCUUUCUGCCAAGCUAAACUCACUGGCUGCUAGCUGUAGCUUCAUAUUUAGCGUUCAGGCACGAGAGUGGUAUUGAUCUUCUCAGCUCACACUCAGCCUAUUUCCAGAAAUGUUGAUCUGUUCCUUCACUGUGACUGGAUGUCCUAUUGUACUGUUCUUCCAAUGGCAUACAAAAUGCAACUGCUACACUGGACAGUGAGUAUGGUAUAUGAGUGUCGUUUGAGUUCUUCCAUUGUUUUAAACAGUUUUCAUUAUCUGAUCCAAUAUCUGAACCAAGUGAGGCACAUCUUUGUCAGUUUGACACUGAACAAAACAUCAGAUACAUCAUAAAGAUACAGUUUUCAGCUGCUCUUUUUCGCAGUCACUUGACACUGUUUAAGCUCUGGAUGAAUCUUUCCACUUCAGUGUGGAAAAAACAUACAGUCUUCCAGUAACAUUAGCUGCUCCUAAAAUGUAGACGUAAAGCAGUAUAAGGUCAUAUGGAUUCAAAGAAACAUUAGGACUUAUAUCUGUUCGCAGUUUUAUGAAUAUGACUGGUACUGUUGUAUUUCUGUGACAGAAAACAUCCCACUGCUGCAUUUCUUUCUUAGAGUUGCUUCGGUUUAAAUUCUUCCUGUGGAAGAGAAGCAGAAAGGUGUCCCUUUUAAAAAUUUUACUGCCAGUGUUGCUUUGUGUGUGUGUGUGUGUGAGAGAGAGAGAGAGAGAGUGUGUGUGUGUGUGUAUGUGUUUGUAAGAGACAGUGUGUCAGUUAAUAGGAGAAUAGAAAAGGAAUCAUUUCACCUUGAAUACAUUACGAAAUGUUCUUUAACUCAAAAUAUGAAUUUCUUUUUUAAAGAAAACUUGCAAGUUUGCAUUAAUUACACCAUUUAACAUUACUAAUGUACUGUGCAGAGCUGAUAAUUAAUUGAUUGUUUUAAUUAAUUAAUGCAGACAAAUUAAUCAAAAUGAAUCUUUGAGACACUUGCUGCUGUGACAAUUUUAUAACAGUUGAUUUUAACGUCUGAUUUUUAUACAAUAUUUUUAUGUAACCGUUUACAGCUGUUGUACACAUUUUUUAGUUAAGUGUACAGAAUGAAAUAAAUGUGAAAAUUGAACAAUUAAUUACCAAAAUAGAGCAAAAAGAGCAAUAUCUCUAGGGGAAUGUGUUUUUGAAAAUUGUGAUAAACUUAUUUUCGUAUUUCUACAAUGUCAAGAAUGUUUCAGUUUGUGCCAACAAAUAUCUCUGUGUUUGCUCUGCAGAACUCCCAUUAUAUUUCCCAAUAAAUCUGUAUAUUAAGCCACUCUUGCGUGCUUCGUGGGGGGCUGACCUUGGUCACACUUUUUCAGCCAAGACUUACUGAUCAAUUAUGGGCUUUCCCAGCCUCCUCGCUGCCUGGCAUAUGGGCGCUUAAAGGCGCGAGAGUGGAGGAGAAAGAGGGGUAUCAUUUCAUGUGGAGAUCAGGGCCUAUAGGCAGUGAAUGGGUGGAUUUAGGGGGGACUGUGAAUAAGGGAAGGGGGUCCUCGCUUGUACCAAAAAGAAAAGAAUCUCCCACAGAUCAGGGAAGAGCCUUUUUGGGAAUAUUCAUGAUGAGGAUGAGGAGGCAUCAUGAAUUCAUGUGUGUCUCCCUGACUUGUACUUGGAUCAUCUUUUCAGUAAACACUGAUGUGUACAGAGCUGGGAUGUCUUGCUUUCGAUCGGUGUUUGCGAUGUAGUUUUGUGGAUAGUGUUGCCUCUCCGCAAAGCAAUAUGGGUUUUUGUGUACUCUCUGCUGUAUUCCUUUUGUAUCAGUAGAGCAACAGAUGGAGAGUGGUGGAAAGACAUAAAGAAGCUAAAACACACAGCCUUUCUUCCUCACAGCUAGCUACUCGCUGAAAAAGAUUUUCUCAAGCUUGCGCUCAGACGUGUGCUGUUUCAAACAUUUUGGACUUCAUCUCCUUUCUCUUUACCCAUACGUUUUUUUGUCUGAGUUGUGUACUUUCAAGAUUUGGGCCUGUGCACACAGCCUUUGUUUACUGCCUCUUUACUUACAAUGGAUCCCACAGAGUGAUCAGACCUGCUCAGACUAUUCUGUAGAGUAAC